CACUUCUAAGCUCAUCCAGCAUCGCGAACCUCUCACACUGUGUGUCUAGUACCAUCAGCUAAACGAUUCCAGUUCCAAUGGCUCUCAAUGAGAUGCCUGGUGUUGUCGAGGCUCUGUCUCCUCUUCGCCGCCAACUGUUGAGGCUUCAUGAAGUGAUCUCAGCGCCUUAUUCACUUAAUUACUCACUAUGGUCGAGUACAGUACUAUCCAGCAGCCAUUAUGAAUUCACCUCACAUUCUGAUCACUUCUCUCAAACUCGUCCAACUUACGCUUCGUCUCCCUCACCUCUCAACUCUCUACCUCUACACCUACCUCCUUCGACUUCACAGGCCUCCAAAGCUUUACAGAUCCAGUAUCAUCUCUUCCGCUUAGACCUUCGUAUCGCUUCUAGUGUUCCAUAAUGAGCGAUUCAGAUACCUCGUCUGUCAGCGAUGAGCCCACCGCUCAAGCGGUGAACUAUUUUGUCAACCAUUGUUACCUUCCCAAACGGCUACCGUCGAAAGACGACCACAAUGUGCAAUAUGAUCGUGAAUUACUCGGGCUUAUGCAGAGCGCGCUUGAAGAAGCCUCCGAUUCGGCAAAUCCCAGUCAACUUAGUCCAAUCGAUUCGGCUCAAUCAAUGUUCAAGAACAUGAAGGCAUGUAUGGACAAGCAAGGCGCGAUUGAUGCUGAAACUCUGACUACAAUGCUGCAAAAAUUGCAUCCCAGAGGUGGCACGAUUCCGCUAUUGAUCCGACCACACAAUGCUGCACUUAUCAUCUCAAACGCUGGCGAAAAUGUAGUUUUUGAUUGUUUCGAGCUGUCGCCAGAUAACUCCGCUUGUAUCAAAGCAAAAGGUCGACUGCAGCGUACCUUUCCAUCAUCGAGUUUUGCAGUUCCACUCACAGUCUUUCGCGCCGACGGGUUCCAAUCGACUCUCGUGUCUACAGUCAGAAAGCUGAGUUUCCUCAGCUGUAUCGACGCAGAGGAUCAACAGGACAGGAUCGAUGCGAAAAAUGUGCUUGAUCGCGAAAGUCCAGACCCGUCACUGGUAACGGAGCUUUUGAUGUCUUAUAUCAGAGCUUGUGGGAGCCCUCACAACACCUCUCGUAUCAUCAAAAAUACCCGAGAUGAUGUGGUCGGCCCCGAGAGCCAUCGACCCUGGAGACGAACUCCGAUAUGGCUAUUGAUGCGAGUAAUGCUUCAAGCCCGACUACGCUCUAGUACGACUGAGCCGCACGGACUGUACAAGCUUUUCAUGACUUUAGCCUUGUCCCAAAUUCUCCGCCUCGCGACGAAGAUUGGAUUACCCUCUGAUGUUCUUUCGUGCAUGGUUGCAAAGAUUAGUCGUCGGGUGACUAAACUUGGCGACAUCGUCAGCCCUUGGCAACAUAAUAUUGAAGAAGCUAUAGUCGCUGCUCGUGCUCUCCUUGAGACUAGAUGGAAUGUUGUCACGGACUCAACAAAGAAUGAUUUGCGCUUAGAAGGUCUUUCGUCCCUCCAGCCUGCAGAGGACGCGUAUCACCGUCUUCCAAAACUUGAUAAAUUCAUUACGUCGACGGGCAAAAAAGCCAAGCGCCAGAAAAUGGUAAAGUACGAGCCCAAAGACACGCUUCCCACUUUCGACGACGAAGAUUUCCCCGAUAUUGUUUUCUCUGAUGAUGACGAGGAAAAGCUUGCCCUCGAACUACUAGCCACGGAGUUAUGGGUCGAAACACAUCUUGAAGCUUGGAUUAAUUCUAAUUUGUUCGAGAAGACUUCGUGCACACUGAUUCAGGAUCUGAUAGAAGCCUAUCACGCUGCGGCUGCACCACACUAUGAACAGAAUCCUGAGACGUGUUCGAUGAUGGUAAUCACUCUCUUCGAGCUAUGGGUCGCCAUGGAUCUCUCAGCAUGCUCGAUGUUUACUUUGCUUCGUGAGUAUGACCCUGACAUACCUGUUGAGCUUCUACAAUCCUUGAUCCUCCCGCGAAGGCGGGAAAUGGAGAGAUUACAUAAGCUGGAGAACUACCUGAAGCAACGAAAGUCGAAAGCUGAUCUCAGCUUACCCGUUUCCAUGUUUCAUAACUUUGGCCAUGCAGCAUCCUUUGCUGUUCGCUUUUUUGACUCAUCUGGCAUCCACAAAAGUCUGCGCCAGGAGAUUGAGGCACAAGCCUUGAUUGACCGAGACGAGAAAUGCCAGGAGCUUAGUGCAAAGGUAGCAGAGCACGAAUGCCUCAUGAGACAACAUCGUGAGGGUCACUGCGAUAUGAUCGAGGCGACUGUGAACAAGUACAGAGGCACCAUAGAGAAAACACACAGUCCAAAGUGCAAAAGAUGCCAGCUCUCUAAGAAGGCUGACCAGAUACGAAUCAAGCUGUACGAAUGGCCACUCCCCAGUGACGAAAACGAACUGAAAGCUCUCGUUUUUGAGCUCAGAGUUCCACGUUCAUUCCAAGCCUGGAGAGAUGGGCUUCAUUUCAUUCUUAUGGCCACACUCAAGUGUGAUUAUGUGUGUCCGGGCCAAUCGAGGCCAAAGCUGUUGGCCAACACCUACAGUGGUCUUAAGAACUUCCGAGACUCUGACGCUUGGAAGUCACGGCAUAUUGAUGUAGCUACUACAGCAAGGUCUCAACUGGGUUCCGUCUUGAAGCGCAGUUUCAAGCACAUCACAGAGUUGAAGGAGAAUGACGUAUGCCUGGCCAGUCCUCUCCACUGGGAGUACUAUGAUCACAGAGCGACCUCAUUUACUUCUGCCCCCCGCCCUACGAAAGAAUUCCAUGCCUUUUGUACUUACCAACUUCCCGCAAGCUCGAUUACGCUACAGAAGUUUCUACAUCGUCCAUUUACACAACCGGACGGUCCACCUCCUAACGAGGUUAUCUCAUCUCAAUGGUCAUGCCCAGAAACACUUUCCCUUGAUGAAUAUCGAACAUAUGCAGCACUUCCACUUGGUCAUCGCCUUCAGUGGUUGAAUAUUCUUGUUCAGAUCUCCGUACCUACGUUAGAUUUCUCCAAAAAGGAGACAUCUGCUCUCAUUCUUCAGCUUAUUAAUCAAGCAGGGCCUAAUACGCAGAAUGAAAUUACUCGUUCAAGUCAUGAGCCUGUUCUUGAUGAAUCAUUCGGACUGAAGUUCAUGACCAAACUUGGAGAAGCGCUCGCAAGAGUGAAGCAGAAUGUGGAGUCCUCUCAUGCCGUCAAAAUUUUCAUUUCCUUGGCGUCACGUAUUCUAUCUUUGACCGCAUCGGUAACUGUAGAAGCGGAGUGUCUGGAAUUUCUGUCCGCCGCUCGUGCUAUAGCAUUCACCUGGCUGAUCGGUCUACGGAAUAACGCAAAUAUGUUCACAGAGGAGACCGCACGUGGCGAGCAAACGGAUCGAGCCGUCGAGAUCGCAACGGCGGUUGUAAUGACCUUUGAAGUUGAACAGCGGCAUCUUGACGUCCUUCUCUCGUCGACUCAAGAAGCGGCAAUGCUUUUACAGUCUGCGAUAGUCUGUCGGGAAUGGACAGACAGCAAUAGAGAUACAGGAGACCAUUUACUCCUGGCAUGCAUCCAUCGCUGGCGAAAAUUGAUGUAUCAAUGUCGAUCAAGACUGGCUGAACAUAUAACGGAGCAGGAAAACGGCUCUCUGGAUGAAGCCAUAAGCCACUCAUGGACCAGCUAUCAGGCAGGAUCGUGGCAUGCUCUUGCAGAUCCUUGUGAACAUUGGCUCGAGAGUGAUCCGCCCCACGGCGUCAAGAACACAGUCCAUUUCAACCUCGUAACUGCAGAAUUACUUGUAAACGGGGUACCUCUGGCACGCCUACCAGGAAAGUACGAAAUGCAUCCGACUUAUAGACUUUUGCUCGGGCGCACCGCUCUAGAAGUUUGCCCAUCCCAAUCUCCAGGCAUGGAAUUCGCGACAAAACAGCCAUGGGCUGGAUGCAAUUUAGACUUUAGUCUCACGUCUUUCGAUAGAAGAAAGGAUGACCCUUUGGAGGAUGAUCUCCUAAUCAAAGCAACCUCAACAAGUGGUGCACUCUUUGAGCUCUUGCCUCCCCGGCUGUUCAAAGCGGAUUUCCCGGACUGUUUUAUUGAUGGUUUUUGCCAUUGGCUGGAAAGAUCUGAAGAACGGAUAGAGUUCCGUCCGUCUUCAAGACCGUGGGAUUCGUCACCUUUAAAUUGGACACUGACAAAGAUGAGAACUCGCACCUCAUGGGUGCUGUCCAAAGGAUCACUAAAGCUCAUCAACAAGACUCGCCUUUCAGCCCAGACCCUUACUCGUAUAUUCUCGGUGAUUGAGGAACCUGAUCAUGCUAUAGUGACACAUGAUAACGCUGAUGACUGUCUGAAAAUUGAUCUGACCCGACUUCAACUCAGCUUCCGGUUGAAAAAGGGAACCGCGUUCAUACAGUCUGAUCAAUUCCAGGACUUCGUUGUGGACAGCUCUCAAGAUAUUGGCUCUCUAAUCGGCCUGAAGAAUAAGCUGGUCCUGAAAGAUAGCAACGACAGGAACGAUAGAAUAUUGUUGGUGCCCGAGAACGCAAUCCAAUACGUUAAAGCUGGGCACCACGUUCUCGUGACCAUCAGUGCUAGCAGCACAAACGCAGUCAGCCGAAUACAUCGAUUUUCGAUCGACAAACUUCUAGGACGACUGAAUGACGAUGGUACCCUACACAGUAGACUUUUGCUGAGCUACCUACAUGCAGUCACAUCUGGAUGCCUACCAGACCCGCUCACACAUAAGACUGGAACUGAGGAAGCACUUACGAUACUCAGAUCUGCGUCUGUUCGUUCGUUCGACUACCUUUCGUCCGAUACUCUGGAUCUGCUGAAGUGCAUUAGCGAACUCAGCCCUGCCAGAAUUCUUCCUUUCAAUGGAACAUUCAUUUCGCAUCACGUUGUAUGGGACAAGAACCUCAAUUCUUUGGCACAACAUAACUCUUUCCGUACUACAGUUGAGUCCUUGUAUGACCAGGCAAGAGAACAAAGUCUCUUUUAUCUUAAGUCUGAAAAUUACAUCGAACCUCCUACCCUGACAAUGACGAGCCAACAUUUAGUGGAGCGUGACAACAUUCGGUGUGCAGCAUUCCACAUCCAUGGAUUCGGGGCUGAAGAUUUCGACACUGCCAACGAUGUCAGAUAUAUAUCAAGAGAUUGCGGUCUCAAUAGCAACAGGGCACAAUCAUGCUUCGUAGCAGCUUCUCUAAUCUUCCGAAGGCGUGAAGUUGUGCACACAGUGCUGAGUCCCGACUAUCAUAACGACAUAUGGGAGUCUAUUGUGCAGACCACAAGGCUACAGAACCCUCUUCCUGCUAUUGAUGUAUCCUACUUGGCUUUUGAUAGCCUAUGGCUAGUCAAGCCGAAACAAACUUUAUCUGAAUCCUGGUGUCGGAUACAGGAGUCAUUAGCACGCUCAUCGGAGUUGUACAGUAUAUUCCAAGUCAUGAUCUGGCUGUCAACCAUCGCAUUCACAGAAGAUGGGAGUAUGGAUAUUGUCCAAACGAUGUCAUCAUUCUACUCUGCUCCGGCUCUAGCACAAAUACGCCCACCAGAUGUGCCAUUGUGUAACUUUGGUCUGGGCAAGGCGUUGGUUGUGCACGAAUUGGAAGACCUUCUCGAGCCGGCUUUGGUACCUGUAGAUCAGUGUCCGGAGUCAAAGCUGCCGAAGACAAUACCAAAAAAGAAAGAGGAUGAUGAAGCACUUGUCCUACGACGUCAUCGCGCUUAUCAACGUUUGCAGACCAAAUGCUUGGCAGAUUUCAUUACAGCUUUGUGUGACCAGUGGCCAUGCAGAGAACCGCACCUUCCAAUAGGUCAGUUCGACAUCUACAUUGACGUUAAAAAAGCCAUUGCGAGCGUGAAAGAAUAUUUCAAGCUUCGGUACGACAAUUACCAAUUUGCUGAGUAUCUAGUCAAGAUUGAAAAGACCGUCAGGACUUUGGCGAUCGAGCCUGUUGCUAUUUCCCCUUACUGCUACGAUGAUGAUAUCGAUGCAACUGAUGCACCGCUCAGGGAGCACCACUUUAGCGAGCAGGAUGUGUUCAAACCUAUGGCUCCUGAGAUACCGACGCAGCCGCCGACAGAUCCUUCCUCUCCGACUGUUUUCAGAUAUAUAGUACAGGAGCAUUUGGCAAACCCUACUUUAUCGGACUUACUGUCUAUUCUUGAGCUCCAGGCCGUUGCAGCACACGAAAUAGAGUACGUAAAAACUCUAAGGGUAAGUGCUGCUUCACUUCAAGAAUCAGGUGUCCAUCAAGAUAGGCAGCGGAUCCACCCUGACUGCCAAAAUGUCCAGGAAGAGUUGACCGCAUUCCUCGCAAGCAGUAACCAGUAUCUGCAAGUUUUGUUUGAUGCAAUUAAGCAGGCUAUCACCGAUGACCAUUCUUGGGCUCGAAAGUUGGCAAUCCGAACUGGAGCCUUCCCGCGAAUAUGCCCUAAACUCUUUGUACAACAAUUGCAGCACAAACGCUGGGUCUUGUUGCCGCAAGCCUGGAAGGACUGUAUCAUAAAAUAUGGUCUGGCACUGACACAAGUGCAGAGAGCUGAAAGGCUUCUUUCUUUGUCAUCGAACAUGACUGCACUUUCGAAUGAGCUGUCAAACCAAGGACACUCCAACUGGAAAGCAUCAGAAUACCCUGAAGCUUUACUUCUCGAAAUUGAAAGUGCCAUUGCUAUCCGGGCAGUUCAAAUGGAAACUGCACAGCACAUGCAAAGCCCACCAGACAACAAGAACUCGAUUUCGCAACUGAUGAUGGGGUUAGGCAAAAGCUCAGUCAUCGUGCCCCUUGUUGCUGCUGCUUCCUCUACGGGAGAGACCCUAACGCGCGUAAUCGUAUCGAAGCCUCAAUCAAAACAAGCCUUUUCCAUGCUGGUUUCAAAGUUAGGCGGGUUGCUCGAUCGACAGAUUCACCACAUGCCGUUUUCACGCUCCUUGACCCUGAAUCUAGACCAGGCUAAAGCUGUCGAAAGGCAGAUGAAGAACUGUCUCAAAAACGGCGGUGUGCUUUUAGUCCAACCUGAACAUAUAUUGUCCUUUCAAUUGAUGGGACUGGACUGUACAAUCUCUGGGCAGGAUCAGGUUGGGCAAAUUCUACUAAAUAUACAGCGUUUCCUGAAUUCAAAUUCCAGAGAUAUCGUAGAUGAGAGCGACGAGAAUUUCUCGGUCCGUUUCGAGAUGAUAUACACCAUGGGCCUACAACGUCCUGUGGAGUUCUCGCCGCAGAGAUGGAACGUCAUACAGUCGCUGUUGGAACUCAUUCCGCGCUUUGCUCCUAAAGUCCAGAAGAGCCUGCCAAAAUCGAUCGAGAUAGACGAACGACGCACAGGGCGCUUUCCACGGGUAAGAAUACUUCGGUCCGAUGCAGCCGAACUUCUACUGAACUUGAUUACGGAGCAUAUCUGUUCUAUUGGACUACCCGGGUUCCCGAUUUCAAGACAGCCAGAACAUGUCCGGCAGGCGGUCUUGAUAUAUAUUUCGAAGCCUGAUCUGACAUCAGAAGAGAUCUCGCAUGUGGAGACCGACCAAAUUCAUGCUUUUUUCGCGCCAUCAACGAAGAAUUACCUUCUGCUUUUACGAGGCCUCAUCGCUGGUGGCAUCGUAUCAUUCGCGCUGCUUGCAAAACGUUGGAAGGUCAAUUACGGCCUCGACCCAGCACGAAUACCCAGAAGUCGACUGGCUGUGCCUUACCGCGCGAAGGAUACACCGUCCCAACGAUCAGAAUUCUCGCACCCAGACGUUACCAUUAUCCUCAGUUCUCUGAGUUAUUACUAUGGAGGUCUCAGUGACGAAGAAAUGUUUCUCACUUUUGGAAAGCUUCUUCGUAGUGACCAAGCUGAUGGUGAGUUUGGAGAGUGGGUACGUUCGUCACCAGAGCUCCCACAGGAUUUUCAUCAACUGGCAGGAAUCAACAUGAAGGACAGAGUGAUCUGCACCGAUCAAAUAUUUCCUCAUCUCCGAUUUUCCAAAGUUGUUGUAGACUGGUAUCUCUCGAACAUGGUGUUCUGCGCGGAAAUACGCGAGUUUCCCCAGAAGCUGUCCUCUAGCGGGUGGGACAUCGGACGAGAAAAAGUACAUCCGACCACUGGUUUCAGUGGUACCAACGAUGCUCACCAUCUUCUCCCGCUCUCAGUCACGCAUUUGGACUUGGCUGCACAGCGUCACACAAAUGCGCUGGUGCUUAGCUAUCUACUGCAGAGUGAAACUUCUGUGGAGCUUAUACCCCCAAGAGCCUCUUCAAGCUUAGCUUCGGAUGCAGAUAUACUUCUCGAUCUGGUCCUCAAACUGGAUCCGCUGCCUCGCGUGAUCAUCGACGUAGGGGCAUUUAUUCUAGAGCUCAGCAGUCGCCAAGUCGCAGCGCAAUGGCUGGAGAAAAUAGUACACCAAGAGGAUACCAAAGCAGUCAUAUUCGUUGACGACAACGAUGUGAUUACUGUGCUCGAUCGAACCGGUCAUGUUGAAGCGUUGCAGUCCUCUCCAUUUAGUAAGCAGACCCAUCUGUGUCUUGUCUUUCUCUCAGAACAACACGCGAGAGGUAUAGACAUCUCUCUUCCCGCAACAUACCGCGCAGCCGUCACCCUGGGAGCUCGACUCACCAAGGACCGAUUGUGCCAAGCCUGUAUGCGCAUGCGGAGGUUGGGUAAGUCGCAGUCGGUAGUGUUCUGUGUUCCAACCGAAAUACAAUCAAAAAUCUUGGAACGCAAAAGUCGUAUUGAAGCUAUCGCGGACACGAAACCACCAACGGAACCUAUCAUUGAGGUCAAGGACGUUUUGUCUUGGGCAGUUGGGGAGUCGUGCCUCGACUUACAGCACAGUAUGCCUCUGUGGGCCGCUCAGGGGAAACGCUUCGAAGAUCAGGUGCCUAUAUGGCAGAAAGCUGAACGAGGUUCUCACGAACAAGGCUAUUAUUCAAUGUCAAAGAACGAAGCAGAGCGGUUCCUCGAGCCAGAGGCUAAGACACUCGAGUAUCGCUUCAGACCUAAGCCUGAAUCCAAACAGAACAUUGAGACAAUAUUUGACGUCGCGAAGCCUAGCAUCCAGAGUAUCGUUGACCGCUGCCGCAAGUUCGCAUGCGUGAAAUUCAACGCUACAUCUCUGGCUGAGGAGCAAGAGAGGGAACUUAACCCCGAGGCAGAAGAAGAACAGAACGUCGAGCAUCCUGCGCCAGUAGAUCCAGCUGACCAUGUACUGCACAGAGCAGUAGAAGUCUUGGCGAGAACUGGAAAGCUAGACCUGAGGUCGGAUGCCUUUAUUCCAGCAUACGACAGCCUCAGGGAUUGUAGCGCAUCUGAUUUUGACGUCGCUCAAUUUACUGAGGACUUACUUGUGACCGUUGACUUUGCCACUACGAUCAAGGAGUUGCCAAAGGACGCUAUCAGUGACUCGUAUUAUCGCCCGGUGCAGUGGAUACUGACCAAAGUGCAUCGAGGUACCGUCAAGUUCGUUAUCAUCAUUAGUCCUUUCGAGGCUCAACACCUGAUUGAGAUCGUUAAGAAGUAUAAGAAAGUCACGCUUCAUGUGUACGCACCACGACCUAAUCUUCAGUACCGCCCGCUCGAUAAGCUGGAUCUGUUCACCUUAGGGGCGGACUUCGAUCCAAAAUAUCUGCCACGCAAGUUAGUUGUCCAAUUGAACCUGUUCGCUGGCCAAUUAUACCUCGGCUCCUACAAAGAGUAUACUGAGUUAUGUCGAUACCUCUGUUUGGCUUACUACCCGGCGGAACAAGGUAUGAUCAUCGAACCUGAUGGAUAUGUUGUCCAGCAACCAGGCUCUGAAGGCUUCCAACGCAGUCCAGUGCCCUUCAUCAAGGUUCUCAUGGCGAACAUUCGUAGAAACUGUGUGACGAUUGAUCGCACACAUAUAGGAAAGAUUUGCACAGGAACGAUCCUGGAACAAGGCGAUUUCGAGGCUGCGGAGCCAGAUGUUGCAGUGAAAGAGGAGAUGUGAUGCUCAGCACACGAGAUGAAGGACUUGAGCCUCUGGAAGGCCGAUCAACUGACAUUCUGAGUAGUAUUUUGCAAUUAUCGAGAGAAAAGAUCUUGUUCUCCGUGAGGCACAUAUAGACUAUCAUGUGGAUCUUUGGACAGAGGUUUGGAGAGUCAUAUUGUGAUAAUAGCUCUUUGCUAUAUAGGGC